AUGCCGCUCUUGCUGCUGAUCGCAAUCAUCGUCGCAGCAGCAGCAGCAGGAGCGUCUUUUGUUAGGCACAUCGCUUCAGAACAGCCUGCGCAGUUGCUGGAGGGCGUUUGGAGCGUGCUGCUGCAUUGCGGCUUCCUUGCUGCUGCUGGCAGCGGCCGUCUCUGCAGACUCUGCCAAUCUGCUGAGAUCCAUGUUGCAGGAUCCCACAGGAACAAGGCGCUUGAGGGAAUGGUACUGCGCAGCAUGCAGCAACAGCAAGAUUCCCAGGAGGGCCAAAUGCAGCAAACCAGUGUUGCGCUGCUUCCAAUCCCCAUGACUGACGAACUUGAACAAGUGGUGGCAACUCUAAGCAGCAGCCGCACCCGCAGCAGAGACUUGUGGGACAGCAUCUCCAAGCUUCAGCUACACCUAGAGGGAGAUGCUGGCGCUGAUUGGGUGUACUACCCAGCUCCGUCGCUACCGGGUUUCAGUGUUUCUUUGUCAACCAGCAACAGGGGUAGUGGCAGUAACGCGGUGGGCUAUCAAGAGCUUCUUCUUGAACUUCGGAAGCUUACAAACGUCAAUUGGGCCUUCAGGUUUGGACUUUUGAUCUCCCCCAAGUCCACCGCCCGCCUUCUGUCAAUAUUUUCUCUCGCACGCCGAGUCGAUGCUGCUCAUGCGUUCAUAGAAGAACGCAAUGAGGCGGGUAUGAUUCUUCUGCGGCAGGCAGCUGCAGGUAUUGAGGCCUUAGAGUUGUCGAUGCAGCGCAGCAUGGCAUUUGUAGAGCUUCUGCGGCCCCUCGCGCGUCAGCAGCGGCAGUUGGAGCAGCGUUAUGAGACAUUGUUGCUUCUAGGGGCUUUGCGGGAAUGCGAGGCCCGGCGAGUACAGCAGCUGCAAGAGGACGUGAGCACAUCUCUUUUGUAA